AUGGGUGGUUCAAACGCAGGCCCUACGCGAGUCCUAACCCCCUCCCCCUUUGUCAUCGGUCCCGGCCUCCUUCCCGGAGUGAGCCUCGGACACGGGGUCGCUAGCGGAGCCCCAGCCGUCCAUAGGAAUGGAUAUGGCCAUCGUGGUCAGAACUAUGCUGAGGCCGGACUCUGCAUGAUGGGUCCGGGCUACAUGCCAUACGCUGGCUUCUACGGCUACCAACCAAUACCAUUCAAGUACAGCUCUUGUUUGACCAGCGAGCACACGGUGUACGGCUACAAUCGUGAGGAGAGUGUGUUAUCAGGCAGCGGUGGAUCCAGUGCGGGCUCGGACCAUCUCACUACCAAGGAACCUCCAGGUCAGUCACACACACACUUAUAA